CUUCUUUAAUUAUUCUUGAUAAUCCAAUGCCGUGCGUCCACAACGAAGCAAAUCUCGGCUCCAAAAUCCAUGCACAGGGAGCAGCACACCGACCCCAAUCGAUGAGCACGGAAACAGAGGAGGUGAGAUUGUUUUUACAUGGAUGCGUUCUGUCUGUCCGUCUGUCAAGUGUUUUGACACAGGAGAGGAGAGAGAGUAAAACAGGGGAACAGUGAACGGAGAUGUGUCUGAAAGGACAAGGGACAAGUGGGAUAUAAUGCCGGUAGAUUUUGCCAAGAUAUCGCGAAGGGAAAAAAAAAUAGGAUCUUUCUGAGAAUCUCUGCCUUUAUCUGCUCCCCUUCCAUUCAAUUGGAAAGGCGAAAUCGCCCCAAGAUCUUCUCUUUUUCUCUUUUCUUGGUUUUUUCCUCUCUCCCUUUCUUUUCCCACUUCCUCUGCUAUAAAGACCCGUCACUGCGAUAUCCCACGUUCUCCCUCAUUCAUUCGUUGAGACCCCUCAACAAGAAAUCGUGCGUUCGUACAGUUUCAUCUACAUCAGGAAAGGCUCUUUGCUCUGAUCUUUUCCUUGCGAGUUAAUCAUUAUGACGAUGGCCGGCGAAAUUCUCCGGCGGCAGUCGCCGGCGGAGGUCGACUUGUGUGGUGGGUCGGGUCAGGAGCUGCAUGUUCUUGCGGUGGAUGAUAGCCUUGUGGAUAGGAAGGUCAUUGAGAAGCUGCUUAAGAGAUUGUCUUGUAAAGUUACGGCUGUUGAUAGUGGAUUGAGGGCUUUGCAGUUUCUGGGAUUGGAUGGAGAGAAGAGCUCUGUUGGACUUGAUGAUUUGAAGGUUAAUCUGAUAAUGACUGAUUACUCCAUGCCGGGCAUGACUGGAUAUGAGCUUCUCAAGAAGAUCAAGGAAUCAUCAGCUUUCAGAGAAACGCCGGUGGUUAUCAUGUCCUCCGAAAGAAUUCUCGCCCGUAUUAACCGAUGUCUAGAGGAAGGAGCAGAGGAAUUUCUUGCGAAGCCAGUGCAGCUGUCCGAUGUUCAGCGCCUGAAAAAUUUCGUGAUGGGUGGGGGAGAAGUUUGCCCGGACAGAAGAAUCAACAAGAGAAGACUUGAAGAAAAUAACGAUAACGAUGACAACGAAAAUCAUGCCCCAUCGCCGGUGUCGCCCCUGUGCAGUCGCGAUUGGGCAGUGUGCUCAUCUUCAUCGUCCGAUUCUUCAUCGCCGUCUAUAGCCGUGUCUUCAUCCAAGAGGCUUAAGAUACAUCAUCAAGCUUGAGGAUAUUCAUUCGUAUAUACCAGAAUUUGAUUUAUUGUUGUUUUUUGGCCGAUGAUCGGCAUAUUCAUGGCUAGGAAUGGCACCUUUUGUUCAGUAAAUAUAAUAUGAUCUCUUUCCCCUAUCCA